AUGGACGCAAUCCUGCUCCACGGCCUUAUCGCCGUCGAAAGCGCACCGGCUCUCAAACUUCCCUCCGCUCCGGGAAGAGCCGUAGCCCGGACCUACCCUGGUGCUCCACAAGAGGCUGCAAGUAUCGAACUUCAACCUCUGUCCCGUACCCCAAAACCCAACAAGUCGGCUUCAACAUCUCGGAUCAAUCUCGCUUCUACUUCAAGCUCCGGCCAUCUCCCCAAGUCUCGUACCGAGACGACUAUCUUCAGCGUCGGCCCCGAGUUGGAGGAGCAAAGCCGUCCAGGAACUCCCAAAGCGGACUCUGUCAACGAUGAUAGCGCAAACAUCGAUGGCGUCGAGGCGAUGCAGAGCAUCAUGGAGCCUUACAUGAACCGCUGGCGGUUACUGGCCAUGUGUUUGAUCAGUCUGAGUAACGGCAUGAGCGAUUCCGCGCCGGGUGCUUUGAUCCCUUCCAUCGAAGAGUACUACAACAUAGGCUACGCCAUCGUCUCUCUCAUCUUCGUCGGCAACGCCCUCGGCUUCAUCGCCGGCGCCUUCUUCGUCGACGCCAUCCGCGAGCGACUAGGGCGUGCCAAGACGCUCGCCGUCGGCCAGGGCCUCAUCUCGUUGGGAUACAUCCCCAUGAUCGCCACCGCGCCGUACCCGGCCAUCGUCGUGUCCUUCUUCUUUGUCGGGUUCGGCAUGUCGAUUAAUCUGGCCAUGGGCAACGUGUUCUGCGGAUCGCUGAGCAAUUCCACUACGGCGUUGAGUAUGAUGCACGGCUCGUAUGGCAUUGGAGGUACCGUCGGCCCGCUGCUGGCAACGGCCAUGGUGACGGUCUUCGAAGUGGUGUGGAGUCGGUACUAUGCCGUGAGCUUGGGGUUGGCGGUUCUGGGGGCGUGUAGGGAUACCCAGCAGCACUUGGGUUCCUCUGCUGGUGGAAGUGGUGGCCAGUCGGGCUCAACGGCGGUACCCAAACGUGACUGGCGUGCUGACGUCACGGCCAUGGUCUCUGCUCUGUCGAACCGUGUUGUCCUUCUUGGUGCCCUGUUCAUCUUUGCCUACCAAGGCGCCGAAGUUAGUAUCUCCGGCUGGGUGAACACCUUCCUGAUGGACUCUCGCCAUGUGCACGAUGGCUCAGUCGGUUAUGUGACCGCUGGUUUCUGGGGCGGCAUCACGCUGGGUCGGUUCCUGCUGGCGCCGCCGGCUCAUCGGAUUGGGGAGAAGUUGUUUGUGGUUAUCGUCGUCGUGGGAGCGUGUGCUUUCCAGCUGGUGGUCUGGCUGGUGCCGAACUUGAUUGGAAACGCAGUGGCUGUUGCCAUUGUUGGUCUGCUGCUGGGGCCCGUGUACCCGUGUGCAGCAGCGGUGUUUAUGCGGAAUAUAAGCAAGCAGAAGCAGGUUAGUGGGAUGGGUGUGAUUUCGGCGUUUGGGAGCUCGGGAGGCGCAGCGGCUCCGUUUACGACGGGUUUGCUGGCGCAGGCAGUUGGCACUUUUGUGUUGCAUCCGAUUGUCAUUGGGUUGUUUGUGGUUAUGAUGAUUUGUUGGUAUGGUCUGCCGAAUAAGCCAAAGAGAAGCGAGUAAACGGUGGGCGAGGUGGGUGUUUCUGUUGAUGGGCGUGGCAUGUCGGACAUUGAUACUUGUUAUCGGGACGUGGCUUGAAUAUUUUGAAGUUUUGGCUGCAGGUAUAUCGAUGCCUUCGAGUCAGUCUAGAAGUCGUUGUUUCGCGUGUGAUGCUGCAAGACGUUCUCACAUACCGCGGAUUGCUUUCACAGAUCGUUAUGACGUCUGGUCCAUUACCUUGUGUAUUCGUUUCUUCCUUCUUUCCAUCUUUCGACGCCCUUCCUCUUCUUUCUUCCUCUCGCUUAUGGCUUGACUGCAGAUACCAACGGAAACUCC